AUGGCUGGAAUUGAUGUUUUGAAGUAUGCUCAUAGCCCUGUGCACAAGGCCAUAGUCAUGAGGGAUUAUGCCAGUCUCAGGAGGAUUCUUGCUGGUCUCCCCCGGCUUUGUAACCCUGCUGAGAUUCGAACUGAAUCAGCCUCAUUAGCUGAGGAGGAGAAGGCUGAUGCCAUUGCUGCCGUGAUUGAUAGGCGAGAUGUCCCGAAUCGUGAGACACCUCUUCACUUGGCUGUAAAACUUGGUGACCAGACAGCUACUGAAAUGCUUAUGGUUGCUGGAGCGGAUUGGAGCUUGCAGAAUGAACAUGGAUGGAGUGCACUCCAAGAAGCAAUUUGCAAUAGAGAAGAAGCAAUUUCCAUGAUUAUAGUUAGGCACUACCAGCCACUGGCUUGGGCAAAAUGGUGCAGAAGAUUGCCUCGUUUAAUUGGAACUAUGCGGAGGAUGAGGGACUUCUACAUGGAAAUUACAUUCCACUUUGAGAGUUCUGUUAUUCCUUUCAUUUCAAGAAUUGCCCCAUCAGAUACUUACAAGAUCUGGAAAAGGGGUGCAAAUUUGAGGGCAGAUAUGACUUUGGCUGGUUUUGAUGGUUUCAGAAUUCAGCGUUCUGAUCAGAGUGUUCUUUUCCUUGGUGAUGGGUCUGAAGAUGGUAAGGUGCCUCCCGGGUCACUUUGCAUGAUCUCACACAAGGAUAAGGAGGUGAUGAAUGCUUUGGAUGGUGCUGGUUCUCAAGCAACUGAAGAAGAAGUUCGGCAAGAGGUGGUUGCAAUGUCUCAGACUAAUAUAUUCAGGCCUGGGAUUGAUGUGACUCAGGCAGUUCUCUUACCUCAGUUGACUUGGAGGCGGCAGGAGAAAACAGAAUUGGUUGGUUCAUGGAGGGCCAAGGUAUAUGAUAUGCAUAAUGUGGUUGUCAGUAUCAAAUCUAGGAGGGUCCCGGGGGCUAUGACAGAUGAUGAGUUUUUUUCAACUUGCAACGAAAAUGAAACAGAAAGUGAGGAACUCAAUGAUAUAUUGACAGAGGAUGAGAAGAGGCAACUUGAAAUUGCACUUAAACUGGAUUCGUCCGAAUUGUCGAACGAGAAUAGUGAUGGGAUGAUUGAGCAUCGUCAUAGUUGUUAUGAGCAUAGGGAGAUUCCUAUUGAAGAUGUAAGUAAUGGUAGAAAUGGAGAGAAUAAUAAGCAGGAAAAAAAAGGAUGGUUUGGUGGAUGGAGGAAAAGAGAUACUAAAAAUGAAGAGCAGAAAAAGCUUAUACCCCCAAGAAGUUCUCUCUGUGUAGACGAGAAGGUGAGCGAUCUGCUAGGGGAUUCUCCUUCAAGAAAUCAAAGCAGACCUGGAAGAAGUAAUGCGGACGUCGUUAUGAGGGGGGAUGAUCACCGGAAAGGAAGGGAUAUGAAGGCAUCUUCCUCUACGAGUUCUGAUAUCAGAAAUCGUCACAAGGAUGCAAGCAAGGAGAACGAGUAUAAGAAAGGGUUAAGGCCUAUUCUCUGGCUUUCCCCAAACUUUCCCCUACAAACAGAGGAACUGUUGCCAUUGCUUGAUAUUUUGGCAAACAAGGUUAAGGCAAUCCGUCGUUUGAGGGAGCUGCUUACGACGAAACUUCCAAUGGGAACAUUUCCUGUCAAGGUUGCUAUCCCCGUGGUUCCUACUAUCAGAGUAAUUGUCACUUUCACAAAGCUUGAAGAAUUACCACCGACGGAUGAAUUCGCAACACCCCCAUCAAGCCCCCCUGUUGCAGGCAUAGAGAGCCCAGCUGCAAUGCAAUCCUCAAGUUCAUCUUGGUUUCAGUGGAUAAGAGCUCCUUACAGCCGCCCUAGCUCGUCCGCUACUGGUUCUAGUAGUAGGAUUGAAACCAUCCAAGACCCAUUUGCAAUUCCCCCAGAAUAUACAUGGGUUACAGUUGAGGCAAAGAAAAAGAAAAUGCAGGAGAAGAACAAAUCAAAGAAAGGGAAAAGUCACCACAAAUGA